GUCGCUGUGUGGAAGAAUCACCACAUGAGAACAGUUACAAACUACUUCAUUGUGAACCUCUCUGUAGCCGACGUUCUUGUCACUGUUAGCUGUCUUCCUGCAAGUUUAUUAGUGGAUAUAACAGAAACAUGGUUCUUUGGACUGACACUCUGCAAAGUGAUACCAUAUCUACAGACUGUCUCUGUUUCUGUAUCCGUACUUACAUUAAGCUGCAUUGCCUUGGAUCGAUGGUAUGCAAUUUGCCAUCCCUUGAUGUUCAAAAGCACAGCUAAGCGGGCGAGGAACAGCAUUAUAAUUAUCUGGAUAGUGUCCUGCGUGAUAAUGAUUCCUCAAGCAAUUGUCAUGGAAUGUAGCAGUAUUUUUCCACAGUUAGUCAACAAAACCAGAUUAUUCACAGUCUGCGAUGAACACUGGGCUGCUGAAAUAUACCCUAAAGUGUACCACAGCUGUUUUUUCCUUGUGACAUAUAUGGCACCACUUUGCUUGAUGGUGUUGGCUUAUGUUCAAAUAUUCCGAAAACUUUGGUGCAGACAGAUUCCUGGGACCUCAUCAGUUGUUCAGAAAAAAUGGAAACCUUUAUACUGCUCUGCACACUCGCGUGGAUCUGGACCACAAAUUAAAUCAAGACCAAGUGCUGUUGCAGCUGAAAUUAAACAGAUACGUGCCCGAAGAAAAACUGCCCGAAUGCUUAUGGUUGUUCUGUUUGUUUUUGCACUCUGUUAUCUACCAGUCAGUAUUCUUAAUAUCCUGAAAAGAGUAUUUGGGAUAUUUGACAACACAGAACACAGAGAAACUGUUUAUGCAUGGUUUACAUUUUCACACUGGCUCGUGUAUGCCAACAGUGCAGCAAACCCCAUCAUUUAUAACUUUCUGAGUGGAAAAUUCAGAGAAGAAUUUAAAGCUGCAUUCUCCAGUUACUGCUUUGGAAUACAUCGUCGUAGAGAACAUCGACUGAGCAGGGGCAGAGCAAGCACUGAAAGUCGGAAGUCUUUAACUACACAAAUUAGCAAUUUUGAUAAUGUUUCAAGAAUGUCAGAACAUGUUGUAUUGACCAGCAUAACUACUCUUCAUACAAAUGCUUCUGGGUCUACUCAGAACUGGUAGAUAAUUAUUUAUGCAUCAAGCAGCAGGGCUGAGCAUGUAAACAUUUUGAACUGCGUUAUUUUUUCCAAAUAAAAAUGUCUAAAACUGAA